GUUAAGAAAAAAACUUACCGUAAACAUGAGACCUUCUAACGUGUUGUCCAAGUACACCCAGUUGAUCAAGUUCGGGAAGCCAACUGCCCCAAAACACAUCAACCACGCUCCACAGCCACACCCAUGUGCUCCAAACGGCGUCUUGCCGUCUGGUAGCUCUGCUUCCUCGGGUGCCACUAGUGCUUUCUACGCUUCCUCCACCUUGCCUCCAGCCGGCCAUUUCUUUUCCAGAGCAGAAUUGCCACAGAGGUUUAGAUACCCAGUCAUUGAAGAGUCUGAAAUCGACGAUAUCAACUCUGGUGGUGCCGAAAUUUUGGCCUAAGCCAACGGACUCGGCGAUGCAUUAUUUCGCAUGCCAUGAUUGGUCCGCUGGCCGGGUGUCCAAAGCUCAAAGAAUCGAUCCAGAACGGCACCUGUGCGGAUAUCUCUUCCUAUUUUGUACUUAGAAUUUUAUAUAUGACUAAUGCUAUGCAUAUCGCGAUAGAAUAAGCAGUAUCUUGUGAGUAG